CACCUCACAAUGGCUCUUAGAGGGACGGGAGCAUUGCCACCUCGAGACGGCCAUAUUGAGCACGCCGGCACACACCUCCCUCUUCUCCCGCCAUUUUCACCCACUCCCCCACCCACCUCCACCUCUGCCUGACUGAUUCCAGGUGCACGAGGCCUUUAAGAACACCUCUACGUCAAGAUCUUGCUCAGGAAUGUUAUAGAACCCCCAUUCGCCCAUGCCACAGGAUCAAAGUGUUGUGACGAACCAUGACCCACAGAACAGGAAUGGCCUCCGUGCUAACCCCGCAGCAGAUGUUGGGACCAAACGGCGGCAUUACCUGGCCGGGUUUGGUAGGACGGUGUACAGGGGCCUCCACAAGAUGCCACUAGCAAGCCGUGCCCGAGUGUAUGCAGAUGUCAAUGCCCACAGACCACAUGAAUACUGGGACUAUGAAUCUCAUGUUAUAGAGUGGGGGCAGCAAGAUGACUAUCAGCUAGUUAGAAAACUAGGUAGAGGAAAGUACUCUGAGGUAUUUGAAGCAGUAAAUAUCAACAACAAUGAGAAGUGUGUCGUCAAGAUUCUCAAGCCAGUCAAGAAGAAGAAAAUCAAGAGAGAAAUAAAGAUAUUGGAAAAUCUGCGGGGAGGGACCAACAUCAUCAUCCUGCAGGCGGUGGUGAAAGACCCAGUCUCCCGCACCCCGGCGCUGGUCUUCGAGCACGUCAACAAUACAGACUUCAAGCAGCUCUACCAAACACUAAACGACUAUGAUAUCAGAUACUACCUCUAUGAGCUAAUAAAGGCCCUAGAUUAUUGCCACAGUAUGGGUAUAAUGCACAGGGAUGUAAAGCCUCACAAUGUCAUGAUUGACCAUGAACACCGAAAGCUUCGCCUCAUUGAUUGGGGCCUGGCAGAAUUCUACCACCCUAGUCAGGAGUAUAACGUCAGGGUGGCCUCUAGGUAUUUCAAGGGACCAGAACUUCUAGUAGAUUAUCAGAUGUAUGAUUAUUCACUUGAUAUGUGGUCAUUGGGGUGUAUGCUGGCAAGUAUGAUAUUCCGCAAGGAGCCUUUCUUCCAUGGCCAUGACAAUUAUGAUCAGUUGGUACGAAUUGCUAAGGUUCUUGGCACUGAAGAGCUCUACGAGUAUGUUGAGAAGUAUCAAAUUGAACUAGAUCCUAGGUUCAAUGAUAUUCUUGGAAGACAUUCUCGGAAGAGGUGGGAGCGCUUUGUCCAUAGCGAAAAUCAACAUUUGGUAUCUCCUGAGGCACUUGAUUUCCUGGACAAGCUUCUGCGCUAUGACCACCAGGAGCGUCUCACAGCCCAUGAAGCCAUGGAGCACCCGUACUUCUAUCCCAUUGUCAAGGAGCAGGGUCGCCACAUGAGCUCCCCAACUCCUGCUCCACCAGCCCUGAGUGGGGUGUCAGAGUAGACCUGGUAGUGCUUGUCAAUCAACCAACUGCUAGUGUUGCCCAGCCUUAUGGGGGAAUGAAAUGAAGUUGGGGCCUUCGAGCUGAUUCUGUGAAGAGUGCUGCACCUAUCACCUAGGGUCUUCCUCACACGACCCAGCCUCAAUUUGUUAGGAUAUGGAACACAAAUUCAGCACUGAUUGUAUAUAUUUAUGAAUAUACAUAUAUAUAUAUAUGAUCAAGUGUAACAGGUAAAUGAAAUGAGCGUACGAUCUUGUGUGAACAGAGGUGUGCAUGUUUGUCUGUUUGAAUGUGUGCGUGCGUGAAUGUGUGUGUGUUCGUGCUUGUGUUGUGUGCGCAUGUGUGUAUGCCUGCUAGAGGAUGUGUGUGUGAUGGCUUAGAAGUGUGAGCAAAACAGUGUCAUCCAGGAGUGAACUGUCAAGGUUGGAAGGUGUGUAGUGUGGAGUGUCCUUGGAGUGAUUUUGUUUUUGGAAUUUUCUGUUCUAGGUCUUGCAUAAACUAUUUAGUCAGAAGUGGAAGAUUUUAUGCAAUUUAUCAAAAGAGUCAUUACAUACUAAACUGUUAAACAGGGUUUGUAGAUACAACUGUGAUUCCACCUUAUGUUCACUCAAUCAGACGGGCUACGCACAUGCUGCUGCUAUAAUACCUUAAGGUGUGGCAAAACCUUUUACAUGUGAUGCCAAGAAUCAUAAUCACGCCACUUGACAGAGCAUCCAUUGACACUCGACAGGAAUGCAUUUUUGGACACUCUUGGGGAUUGUGGACUGUAAGCUUUUUCCUUCACCGGUGGAAGUGGUGGACUGGAAAUUUUAUCCAUCAGUGUCAUUCAAAUUUAGGAUUAUUGUUAUAUCACUUACACUGUUUUGAUUGAUGACCAAAGCAGAAGUCUUAGUGGAACUUACCAGUCAGUCAGUGUCUUGGUGCAGAUUACUACAGUAUGUAUUACUAUGUGCACUUAGCUGUAUUGCAUCAAGUUAUCAAUAUCAUGUCUUGUACAUAACUCAUAUUUCAUUUGAAACGAUCUAAGGAUGUUACCAAAUUUUUUGUUACAAUGUUUCCUGUAUCAUAGACCCAUUUAGAGAAUCGGCAUUAGGGGACGUUGUACAAUGCUAUAUUGAAGAAGAGCAAUUGUUUGGUGGAUAGUGGAGUAUGUAUAAGGAAAUCUCACCUCCCCCUUCCCUUCCCUCCCUUUAAUAUAAGUGGUUUGAAUGAACCAUGGGAAGGAACACUGAUGUUUCCUGACUAGAGUAUGGUCUCCAGUCUAGCCAUGCUGGCUACCUCAGCUUGGUCAAGUUAAUGUUUCCAAAAUGUUACUUUCUGUUAGCUAAAUCCUCAUCAUGGUGAAGGAUUUCAACAUCAAGAAAAUGGUAGCUUUGGUCAAAUAACUAAACUUAUUGACUAGUUAACAUGCAUUAUAUGUAUGCAUUUUAAUUUUUGAAAGGACAUUUGCCAUAAUUCAGAUUUUGGUGUAUUUUUGUUUUAAGCAGUUUUCCUUUGCAUCACAGUUCAACAUCUUACAAGCAGUAUAAGGAACCUGUGACUGUAAAAAAAGCAUUAUGCAUUAGGUUUAUAUCAUCAGGCAUUCAACAGUAUUUAUUUUACAGGUUUAUUGUUCACUGCUCUCUCACUGUGGUUCGUCUUAAAGUUUCCUUUGAUCACAAAGCAUGGUGACUGACGACAGCCCUCUACGUAUGUGAUGGAAAUAUUUUUUAUUGUUAUUACAACAAGGCCAUCUUCUUUUCUCAGUGAUAUAACUGAUCUACCAUUGCAAUUUUUACCAAGCAUUGCAUAACAAAUAAAACUUCCUUUGAA